AUGUGUUUACAAGAAAAGAAGGGAAGUUUAGGAUAUGCUAAAGAAAAAAGUGGUGCACCCGCUGGAGUGAUUGAACGUAUAACAUCAUGGCCAUUCUACACUCUCCUACUAUUUCUUGACAACGAGGCCGACAGUGGCGAGCGAUUUUGUACCGUCGUUGAGAAUAACGUGGAGCAGGAGUAUGAAGAAGACAUAGAUGAAGAGGACAUCAUCGAAAAAAUGUUGUUCCGUUGCCAGCUGGGAUAUCAAUUUCCACAAUUCCUUUUGGUCGUCCAACUUACUUAG